ACUGCAAAAUUCACCAGAAGAAGAAAUACAUAUAAAUCAAAUUGUCAUUGAUAAAAAACGUUUUUUUAUACCGGCAGUCAAGGCAGAGAAUUACUAAUAUUGUCUCCUCUCACAUGUCUCAUGUGUGACCAUAUGAGGCUGACAUAAAUUUCAGCAAACAACAGCGUAGUAGUUUCGCUGGAGAAACGUCCCGCACCGUCCGGGCUGGAUGGCGAGUUGUGUGGAUGUCCACACUCAGCUGGCUUCCAUCAUGGAGGUGUUAGCUAACGCGGCGGUGGCUCAGAUCUGUCAGCUCGUGGACGACGGGUUUGCCACCCUGAGGCUGGAAGUAUCCCGGAACCAGAGGGAGAACCUGGCCCUGAAGAGCAGACUGCGGCUGAUGGAGAUCCGUUCAGGAGAGCAGUACCACAGAGAGCCAACCCCCCCGCAUCUGCUGCUGAUCUGUAGCAGGAAAGACGGCUCUGCCAUUACCAAAAGAAAAGUCAAGUCCAUCAUGCUGGAGAAUACUGACCCUCAGCAGACACAGCCGGUGGUUGUUACGGAGCAGCUGAUGGAGCCAGAGGUGGCUGUGAUAAAGAAGGAAAAGCUGGAGGAAGAGCUGACAGGGUGCAGUUUGCUGGAAGACCAUCAUGCAGCUCCUAACAUCAGCAUCGGACCUCAGUCUCUCUCUCCUGCUGCUGAGAGCGACCGCCCUCUGAGAAUGGAAGCAGAACUCCCCAGAGUCAGUGUCUCAGGUCCGUAUGAAAACCGGGAUGUUGCCAGACCUGAAACUGAGCAGCAGAAAGAAGGAGAGGAGGAGGCUAGUACUCAGUGUUGGUUCUCUCAUCCAGCAGAGCAGAUCUACAGAGGUGGUGGUCCAAACAGAGAAAUGACAGGCUUGACCAAAGAAGAAGACAAACACGCUGUGGAUUCCAGUGUCUGUCUGUCUGCUGAGUCCAGCAGUAGUAAAGUUACUGAUGUAGAGGCUACAGUGAUAAAGACACUGGAUUCAGAGCUGUCCCAUACAAACACUGGAGUGAAGUGUGGUGCUGCAGCAGACUGGAGGGGAGAGGCAGUGUUACCGGUCAAAUUGGAGGCUGAACCUUCAUGGUCCGAAGCUUUUAUGACAUAUACUCCUUUAGUUUCUGUCACUAGAAAUGAGUGUCUGAGUGACAGCAGAUUAACUAACACUACCAGUCACCACACAGAGAGUGAAGCAGCAGAGCUGGAAGCCAGCAGCUUGGACUCCUCUUCCUUCGAUGACCUGUUCUCCUCUCCGGAGGUGGCCAGGUCUCUGACAGCUCCUCACAUACACUCCACAAACAGAGUCACGUGCAUGGAGAAGCCCCUGUCAUCCUCAUCUUUUCCUUUCCAGUUCAGCUUUGGAAACUCUCCCAAGUCAGACUCUCUAACUGUCUCCUCCUUCAGUGAUGCCUCACCUGACUCCAGGAGCAGAAGCUUUCCCAGCAGCACAGAGCAAGCAUUCAGCUGCCAGCAAUGUGGCUGCCUAUUCUCUACCUCCAGAGAACUGGUGGUACACCAGCACUCCCACGCCGGAGAGAGGAUCUACCACUGCCACCUCUGUAAGAAGCCCUUUGUCCACCCACACCAGCUGAAAACCCACCAGCGGGUGCACACCGGAGAGAAACCGUUCAGCUGCUCUCAGUGCGGCAAGCGCUUCUCCCAGUCCAGCCACAUCAAGAGACACAUGAGCGUCCACACCGGGGAGAGGCGCUACAGCUGCAGCCUGUGUGGGAAACGCUUCUCGCAGGCCUGCAGCCUCAAGGUGCACCAGACCGUUCACACCGGAGAGAGACCCUACAGCUGCACCAAGUGUGGCAAGAGCUUCUCUGUGCUGGGAAACCUGGUCCGCCACCAGAGCAUCCACAUCGGCAAAUGAACACACACAAAACUAGAAGGGCACUCGGAGAGCGCACACCUCUGCCAAGGCUGUUUCUAUAAGUGAAGAAUAAUGCGUGUAUCUGCCCUGUGAUUCGGAUCCGCUUCAAAAUGUCACGGGUUCUUAGUCAACCCUUCACCCUUAUACAACACUUUUAUGAAAAACAGGCCAGUAGUUUUUCCGUAAUCCUGCUGACAAACAACCAAAAACAUUGCCUCCUUGGCGGAGGUAAGCCGAAGGGACUGAAGGAGAGGUGUAAUGUGAAGCCAGUGGGGCUCAUCAUAAUGUCUGUCCAAAUAAUGUAGCAGACUGUGCUGUUGACAUUUAUACACAUUAUUUAUUUACAAUAAAAUGUCAA